AUGGCAGAGGAGUCUGAACACGCAAACGUGGAGGCCGACGAGGGGCUGGCGACCCCCGGGAAAGGUGAGUGGCAGCCGGGCCGGAGAAGGCGCAGCCUCCUCGCGACGCCGGUUUCCGGGGUCCGCUUUCCCUGGGCAAGCUUGGGUCGCCGGUGUCUGGGUCCAGCUUGGCCCGGGCGGCGCUGCUGCUGCCUGCGCGAGGCCUGGAACGUCCCAGCUAGCGGGGCUGUCAGAGUUCCCGAGGCAGCGAGCUCCACCUCUCAGCCCCACCUGGCGCAUCUGGACCGAACCAGGACCGGACCGGAUCAGCCUGCCUGGAUGCCGGCAGCGCAUUGGGGGGCCGGGGGGUGCGUAUUGCUUGAUUUGUACCAAGAUGCAGAUUCAUGCAGUGAUUGUAGCAAGCACGAUCAGCCAGGAAGUAGUUUACAAAGUUUUGUGCUGGAAGGAAAAACUCUUUUCCCAGAAAUGUUCCAAACAAGCCAUCUUUUAUUUUAUGAACGGUUCAGAGCCUAUCAAGAUUACAUUUUAGCUGAUUGCAAGGCCUCUGAGGUAAGAGAAUUCACAGCUGAGUUCUUGGAGAAGGUCCUUGAACCAUCUGGAUGGCGGGCAGUCUGGCACACUAAUGUGUUCGAGGUGCUGGUUGAGGUCAUAGAUGUGGACUUUGCAGCCUUGAAGGCAGUGGUGAGGCUAGCCGACCCUUACCUCUGUGAAUCUCAAGUGAGCACAUUUACGGUGGAGUGUAUGACAGAGCUCCUCCAGCUGAAGGAACAUCAGUUACCUCUGCAGGAGCUGUGGGUGGUAUUUGAUGAUUCUGGAGAAUUUGACCAGACAGCACUUGCAAUUGAACAUGUCAGGUUUUUCUACCAGAACAUUUGGAGGAGUUGGGAUGAAGAAGAGGAGGAUGAGUAUGAUUAUUUUGUCAGAUGUGUUGAACCUCGAUUGAGAUUGCAUUAUGACAUUCUUGAAGACAGAGUUCCUUCAGGACUUAUUAUUGACUAUCGUAAUCUCUUGUCUCAAUGUGAAGAGAGUUACAGAAGAUUUUUAAAUCUCAGAAGCAGUUUGUCAAACUGUGACUCUGAUUCUGAGCAGGAAAACAUCUCUAUGGUAGAAGGGUUAAAAUUGUAUUCAGAGAUUGAACAGCUGAAACAAAAGCUAAAACUCAUUGAGAAUCCUUUGCUGAGGUAUGUGUUUGGUUAUCAGAAGAAUUCUAACAUCCAAGCAAAGGGAGUUCGUCCAAGUGGUCAGAAGGUCACCCACGUGGUCUCUUCUAUCAUGAUGACUGGUCUGCUGCAUUCCCUGGUUAGGGACAGACUUUGUCAGGAGCCAUGUGAGGAAGAAAUGGAAAUUCAGUUCCAUAGUGAUCCUCUGUCUGCUAUAAAUGCUUGUUAUGAAGGCGAUACCGUUAUCAUUUGUUCUGGUCAUUAUGUGGUACAUGGCUCAUUCUCCAUUGCUGACUCCAUUGAGUUGGAAGGAUAUGGUCUACCAGAUGAUAUUGUAAUAGAAAAGAGAGGCAAAGGAGACACUUUUGUGGAUUGUACAGGUGCAGAUAUUAAAAUCUCAGGCAUAAAAUUUGUUCAGCAUGAUGCUGUAGAAGGAAUCUUAAUCAUUCACCGUGGCAAGACUACAUUGGAAAACUGUGUACUACAAUGUGAAACUACAGGAGUCACAGUACGAACAUCAGCAGAAUUUCUAAUGAAGAACUCAGAUUUAUAUGGUGCCAAGGGUGCUGGUAUUGAAAUCUAUCCUGGGAGUAAGUGCACUCUGAGUGACAAUGGGAUCCAUCACUGCAAGGAAGGCAUUCUCAUAAAGGAUUUCUUAGAUGAACAUUAUGACAUGCCUCGAAUCUCUAUGGUGAAUAACAUCAUUCAUAAUAAUGACGGUUAUGGUGUUGUCUUAGUGAAGCCUACAAUUUUCUCUGACCUGCAAGAAAAUGCACAAGAUGGAACUCAAGAAAAUAAAACACUUAAAAUGCAGACAAAUGAAGAGGCAGAGGCACCCGGAAGAGUGGAUAUAGAAGAGCUGAUUCAGUGCGCGGCUGGUAAAAUGGAGCGUGAUGUCAAAUCUGACCUUUCUGAGCAAGUCGAAGGCAACUGUGAAAUUGUAAAUGAAUUGGUUGCAGCGUCCACACAAAAAGGCCAGAUGAAGAAGAAAAGGUUGAGUGAACUGGGGAUCACACAAGCCGAUGACAACUUAAUGUCACAGGAGAUGUUUGUUUCAAUUGUGGGGAACGAGUUCAAGUGGAAUGGGAAAGGGAGUUUUGGCACAUUUCUUUUCUGACCACUGUGAUGCGCACAAAUAGCAAAACAUGGAAUUUUGCACAAGCUGCUCCAGUAAUCACUGCUGCUACUGUAGUUGGCUUUGGGUUUUAUUUUACAUUUGAUAUAUUUCAUUGGGUUUUAGUGAAAGUAAAUUAAUUCUAUCUGCCUAUGUUGCACAUAAAAUAUUUUCUGUUUAAAGAAAGGUUAUAAAAACAUAAAAUAGAAGAUAUUUGGAGAUUUCUUAUCUCUAAACUCUUGCUUUCCUACACGGUUCUUUCAUAUUAAACCUAUUAGUAACUUUCUACUGUAGACACACUUUAAUCUAGCACUUCAGAGAGGAG